UUCAAAAAGUAUGAAUGUCUCAGCAUGCAAUGUCACCUUGCUGGAAGAAUUCCCAGCUUUUCCUUCAGAGAGAGAACAACUUUUUUUAAUAAAAGACCAACAUCUUAAACAAAUAGACAAACUGCUUCAGGAGAAAAACGAGCUGCUUGAGAAGAACAAACAACUACAUCAGGAUCGAGUCAGUCUGAACGAGAAAAACAAGCUACUGGAACAAGAAAAAGAUCAACUUUUCAAUGAGAAAAGAGAACUGCUUCAAAAUAAAGACAAACUGGAAAACGAAACAAAAAAAUAUCUGCAGGAGAACAAGCUGCUAAGUGAAGAAAAAUACAAACUGAAUCUAGAGAAGAAUCGACUUCUCCAACGGUAUAGUCAACUAAAACAAGAAAAAGAUGAGAUGGCUAAAGAUAAAAAUGAACUGCUUCAAAACAAACUUGAACUGGAAAAGGAGAAAAAUGAGCUACUCCAGGAGAACAAGCAACUAAAACAACAAAACUGCAAUCUGUAUCAAGAGAAAUUGAAAUUACAAGAAGAGAAGGAUUUACUAGAAAGGAAAAACAAAGAACUGGAAGAUGAAAGAGUGGAAAAAGAAAAACAGAUAUCAGAACUUCGGGCAAUAAUAAGUACAGUGGAGGCCAAUAAGUCAAGGUGUCCGCCAGGAUGGCAGAGGUUUAUGUCGAGUUGCUACCAGCUUUCUGCUGAGGCAAACACCUGGAUGUAUGCCAAACAAAACUGUGAGAGCAAAGGAGCUCAACUCAUGAUGCUGAAUGAUGAGACAGAACAGAGACCUUUUAUUGGCGGAGUGUUAAAAAUCUGGAUCGGCCUGUAUGGUAAAAUAGAGAAGAAUACCUUAAUUUGGUAUCUGAAGGGGGUAGAUGGAAGACUUCUGAAAUCAGGGUAA